AUGAAAGAUAGAAUACAAAGAAUAGCUGCUAAAGGAAUUGAUGUAUGCUUCUUUUAUACUCAUCAUCAUGCAUAUAAAGCUGUUAAUGCAUUCGAAACAUAUUUCCAUAUGUAUGGAGGAAAGGAUUUCAAAACAAUGUAUGAGGAAUUUAAUAAUAGUGGCGAUUCUCUUAAAAAUGAAGUCACUGGAAUGCUUCAUAGUAUCAUUGAUGAUGCAGUUGCUUCAUUCAAAGUUGGAAAAGUCAAGGAAACUUUUUCAACAUCAACUGUUUUAAGAAAGCAAAGAAGUCAAAGAAGGGAAAUCCGUACUAACUUACUCAAUCAUUUUGAUUCAUCAGAAUCUAUUCCACCAAAGUCUAACCAAAGUCCAAAGUUCGUACCAAAUAAUGAACCGCCUAAAAAUAGAAAACUAAAUAAAAAGCAAAAGAAAAAGAUUAAACGACAAGAAAAGAGAGCUAAAUUAGAGCUUGAAAAUCAGAAAAAGAAGUAUGCACAGCAGAAUGAAAAUGCUGAUGCGGAUGAUGAAGAUAUAAGCAUCAAUUAA